AUGGUUAACUAUUUUAUUUACGCGACCGACGAUUCCGGUUCCACCAAUAGAAGUGAAUACUUUAAUAGCAAAGGGUUGGAGACGCUGAAGAACUUCAAGGAAGAAGUCAAGGCUUUACAAAAUGAUGCAGGGGGAAGUAACAAAGAUGACAGUAUAGUGUACCUUCACUGGAGCCACCGAUGCGCCAAAAUGGAAGAAGAUCAGGUGGAGUUAAGAUACAGGGAGCAAGAUGGAGGUGGUACUGAUACAUUACCACACACAGUGCUCGACUGGAUGGAUGAAAAUUUAACAGAGAAUGAUACAAUUCAGUUACUGUACGUAGUCACAGAUGGCGCUGUCGAUCCCUUUGACAUCAGACCCAUCGAUCCUAAUAUGAAAAUUGAUAAUGUUGUAUUCUACGCGUUUAAUUCAGACAUUAAUAGAAUAGAUAUGUCUGUGGCGUCCAUGUUUAUUUGUAACAAUAAGCGUUACAUUGUGCAUUGUAACGAAGAGCUGGUAGAUGAUACAGAUCUAUCGAAUCCUUUCGAUUACGACCAAAUAACUGUCGAAACGUUCCAUGAGAAAAAGGAAGAAUUGAAGUCAUAUAUUAAAUUACAGUUCCUGAAUAAAUCGUCCUCAGAUCCAAAGAUAGACCUAAACGUGAAAGACAAGGAGACCUUCAUAAAUCUAUUUAAGAAUACCAAGUUUCAUAAAACACUGACACAACCCAAAAAAUACGACGAGAAACAAAGAAUUGCCAGUUGCAUCAACACUUUAGUGAACUAUAUAAAUAACGACCACAAGUCUUUCAAAUUUGAUAACUUGAAGUUUAACAAUAAAUUUAGUCUAGAAACGGGGGAAGAGGAUGUCGCCGAUGUUUUCUAUAGCAACGUGGAAGAGAUUGCAUUCCCUGAUAUAAUUUUGGACAACGAGAGCGGAGUCCCUGUCAUUUUAUUGACGCACUACAAUUUCAUGGAAAAGGUUUUAUUUAAGAAAGGCCGAAAGAUCCCAGAGCGCUUCGAGAAAUACAAUACGCCAUGUCCUUCCGAGAAGGCACGCGCCCGCGUGACACGACUUGUUGAAGCAGCGCGACUAACCAACAUGUCACAUUUCUCUCGGUUGCGGAAAACUGUGGAUUGCCCAUUGAUUCUAUUAAAUGAUCCAGACUUCAAAGAUUCCAUUGAAUACUAUUACAAUUUAGAAUCAUUCAAGGGUUUGAUGCAACAUGGAACACAGACAGGGCCACGCACACGACGGGCGUUCACAGGCGCCAUUGUGCCGCUUGAAGAGUUCGACGAUUACAAUGACUAUAUAUUAUCUUGCACAUAUUUCGCGAGUAGACGAGUGCCUUACAACAAAGGAUUAUUAUAUUACGUGGUAUACAAAACUUGUGAAAAACUGCAAUACAUAGAACCGAAUGUUGUUGAAUAUCUGAAGGGAUAUGUUAUAAAACGUAUAGCUAAAACUAAAUGUUUCUUGGGUCUGAGUAAAAUGUCAAUAGACGAUCCGUUGAUACGAGUCGAUCUGACCACGGCCCUGUGGUAUUGUGCCGAGUUGUCCUCGAUAUUAUUCAAAAACGAUCCAAAACAUUUCAGGAAAGAAAAAAUGCGUAUGUAUAGUCAUUAUUCAGAAUAUAUGAAGGAGAUCCUUGAAUGGUUCCAAUAUGAUGUAGAUACGAAAUCGGUUGACCUACGAGCGGAUAUAUUUAGAAAUGUAAAUAGACUGAAACGUAUAGGACGACGUGAAGAUAAAAUUAGGCAUAUUUUAGAACAAAUAUUUAAGAAGGAAGACAGGAUUUUAGUAUCCGAGAUGGUGAACCCAGAUAACAUCUACAAGCUGAAAUAUUUACAGCUGGACCAUAACAAAGUGAUCGAUGAGAGUCUGUUGUCUGCUGAAGUUGAUAUUAACAAGUUUGCACAUUUCAUGGAUUACGUUGAGACGACAUUCGUGCCGGUGUGCGAACAGACUAUGAGACCUCACUUUGUUACAGAAGACAACAAAUCUUACUACGAACAAGUGGUGACAAAAGCAAGAAGAGUUGUAAUACAAGAUGGAAAACUUACAUGGGAACCUGUGGAGCAAUUGGAUUUCACACGAAUUCUAUCCACGAAUAAAUUAUUUAUAUCGAACAUUAAAAAAUUCUCAAAAUACCCCACAAUUGGACAAUUUAAAUGUUACGUGUUGAAAAAGAUGAAAUAUUUCAGAGGGAAACCAGUUGUUUUCGCAACAAAUACGAUGGAGACUAUAGAAAAAACCCAUGCGGCGUAUAAAAAGACCCGCACUAGUAUAAACAAAUUUAAACAAAUAUCAAACUCUUCAGCGAAUAGGGCAGUCCGUAUAGAGAAAGAGAAUCCGUUUGACUUAACUGAAGAAGAAAUACCGGAUUUUGUUAAAAAGUCGGAGAGCUAUAUCGUGAAGAAAGAGUUGUCAGAGGCAGGUCCUUCUGGUCAGCAGUCGACUGACGUACCUCCUGAUCUUCCGCAAGCACAGAAACCUGAAAAGAGGAAAUCAAAAACGACAAACGCUCAGAAGCCAAAGAAAAAAAUUCUAUAA